AUGAAUAUGAUGAAUAGAUUUACUCACUGUUUGUCAAGUUAAUUUAUGAUUAUUUCAACUUUUACUUCCUCAUUGGGCAAUAGCAUGAAGACAAUAUCCUAAGAACUAGCAUAUGAAAUAUUAUCCAUUAAAAAAACUCUUGGGAAUCAUGCUCAUGAUAUUUUAACCUGCAGUGUUGGUAGAUUAUCAGUUGAAACUGUCCGGAUUCCAAUCGAAGGCGCAGCUCUUCUGAUCUUAAUUCAGAACGGACCUGAAGAACUUUGUCACUUCCGAGGCAAUACUUGCUGGUUUCACUUCUAGAAUUGAGUACAGGUAUAACGCUGUGCAUAGCAAGCCAAAGAUGGGAUUUCGUUUCUUUAAUGCACCCAGAAGCUAUGCGGUGAACGGGUCCUUUUUCACGUACUUUUCUGAAUUCAGGUACUCCGGCCAAAUGCUCACCGUCAGCAUCGAGACAGCCGUCCUUGUGUUGGUUUUCCUGAUCUCCUUGCUGACCAAUGCAUGCAUGAUUGCGCUCAUUAUAAAGGGCAAGAAACUCGUCAAUUUUCAGUGCUUUGUGCUGAAUCUCUUCUCGGCAGACAUUGUGUUCGUGGGGGUCAUUCCAGUCAUUAUCACCAUUCGCUGGACUGAAUCAUGGACUCUUGGAGCCUUUACGUGUCACGCUCUUGUCUAUGUUAUGGGCACGAGUGGCGGUGUGACCAUUAUCACUUUAGCUGCCAUUAGCAUCGAGCGGUCUAUCUCCAUUCACCAAAUGCGCCUAAGAGCUCCACUGCAUUGGAAGUCGGUGAUAGCAGUUGUGUUGACCAUUUGGCUGUUCUCCGCUCUUACAUCUCUGCCCCUCUGCAUGUAUUUUCAGGUGAUCACCAUUCAUGUUAAAGACCAGGAGUAUCAGAUUUGCACGCUGGUGUGGCCAAAUACUGUGCAAGAGAUCAUCUGGGAUGUGUCCUAUGGCCUGCUGAUCUUCACCAUUCCAGGAUUGAUCAUUGUCAUCAAUUACACAAAGAUAUUAAAGAUUACCAAAGCCGCCAGCAAAAGAUUGCAGGCCAGCAGGACGUGUUCAGCUGACCAACAACAAAUUCGAGUUUCCAAACAGGAAUAUUGGCUCUUCCGGACUCUCCUGAUACUCAUGAUAUCUUUCUUUAUCAUGUGGACACCCAUUUAUCUAAUUAUCUUCUUGAUUCUAGCACAGAACUUUAAAAAGGUCUUGUUCCUCACCCCCACCUUGUUUUUCUGGGUCUGUACCUUUACACUCACCAACUCAGCUCUGAAUCCUAUUUUAUAUGGUGCCACUCAAUUUCGGGGCGAAUGGCGACAUGUGCUUUGUUUCUUCCAUUUUAAGAGCAGUGGCAAAACAGCUAUGGAACUUACACGUACAAGUGUCAGAGUGCAAGAGUCACAGGCAGCACCUUCUGUUAUUUGUGGCUAAAUUUUCAACAAGGGAAAUAUAGAAAAGGAACUUCAUGGAGUAAAUUUAUGACUGGAUCAAGGGAUUCUGAUUACGUAUUUAGGUGGGAGAACCAGGUGCAGUAUAAUAGUCACAUGGACCCCAAAGGCACAAAUUGUUGUGUGUAUUGUGUUUGGUGCUUUAAGUUUUUCUUUACUCUUGUUAAAUCUGUACGGCACUAAGUUCUUUGUGACACUUUUGCUGCAGGAUUAAUACAAAUUAAUUAAUGGCAGAUCUGACAACUCCCUACACAACUUAUAUGGGAAGCUAGGAUUGCAAGAUGAAAAAAGAUGAUGUGGUUUCCCUUCUACCAUCCUGAUAUCACAUUCUGUGACAAUGUAAAAAAAUGAAACAAUUCUUUUACUAAACAUUUGUCUUCCUUCUAUAGUUGGCCAGACCCACAAAAUUGAUUCAACAAUUAAAACUGUAAGAAGAUUUAUACACAAA